AUAUAUCAGAAGCAGCUCGCCAGUGCUGAGAGAGACUACAUUUUCUGGUUGAACCACACCACAUAGAUAUGGCUACUCAAUGCAGAUUGUUUUGGUGUUUUCUCAUUCUUUUGGUUCUCUCAAACUCUGUUUCUUCUCAAACCAUCGUCAAGACCUUGCCUGGUUUUGAAGGGAACCUUCCUUUCUUUCUUGAAACUGGCUACAUUGGGGUAGGAGAAAUGGAUGAGAUUCAGCUGUUUUAUUACUUCUUUAAAUCAGAGAGGAAGCCAAAUGAGGACCCUCUUGUGCUCUGGCUUCCCACUGGCCCUGGCUGCUCUGCUCUCUCUUCCAUCUUGUACGAGAAUGGUCCAAUUCGUUUCAAUUACAAGAAUUCAAGCAUCCAAGACAAACCGGUUUUAGAGUUGAAUAUUUACUCUUGGACUAAGGUUGCCAAUGUAAUUUUCCUGGAUGCACCCGUUGGCUCUGGGUUUUCUUACUCAACAGUUUCCUCAGGAUACAACACCAGUGACACAAAAACUGUCUCAAACAUUCAUGAGUUUAUCAGAAAGUGGCUCUUAAUGCAUCCUGAGCACGUGGAAAAUCAACUUGUAAUUGGUGGAGAAUCUUAUUCUGGCAUCAUUGCUCCAGCUGUUGUCCAGAAAAUUUUAGAUGGCAAUGCAGCUAAAGAGCAUCCCUGGUUGAAUAUCCAAACUUUGGUUGUGGGAAACCCAUUCACUGAUGUAUAUUACGAUAUAAAUUCAAGAGUUAAGUUUGCUGACAGAGUUGCACUUAUAUCUGAUGAUCUCUAUGAGCAAGCUAAAUUUCAUUGCCAUGGAGAAUAUGUUCACCCAAACAGAAGUAAUACUGCCUGUGCUGCGGUUCUUGAAAUGAUCCAUCGGUGUUUGGAAGACUUGAAUGCUGCGAUGAUACUGGAAAACAAGUGUGCAGCUUUCUCUCCAAGACCAAAGAACAUCCAGUGGGAUUUAGGCUCUCUUGGUCUUAAUCUCACUGAUUCGCUCUUCUCGGAGGCCAAUCCCAUUACUUACACCGGAUAUUGCAGAAAAUAUAACUAUCUGUUUGCCUCCCUGUGGGCAAAUGAUUUAGCUGUACAAGAAGCUCUGAACGUUAGAAAUGGAACUAUAGAACAUUGGGAGAGAUGCAACAACAGCAUAGCUUACACUCAUGACAUAAAAAGUAGCCUUCAUUAUUACAAGAACUUCUUAAGUGCAAAGCCUCUCCGAGUUCUGGUUUACAGUGGAGAUCAUGAUCUGAUCAUCCCAUAUGUGGGCACAGAGGAAUGGAUUGCAAGUUUGAACAUGACCAUAUCUACUGGUAAUCAUGAGUGGAGACCUUGGUAUGUUGAUGGACAGGUUGCAGGAUAUACAGAGAUAUACACCAAAAAGGAGUUCCGUAUAACAUAUGCAACAGUUAAGGGAGCAGGUCAUACAGCUCCAGAGUACAAGCCAAAGCAGUGCUAUAACAUGAUUGAGAGAUAUCUUGCUUACUUCUUCCUUUAACGGACAACCCUUGUGCGCUCAUUCCACCAAGCAGCCUCUUCCUAGUGCCACCACAGUAAAUGGAACAUUUUUGGAGUUCCCAAUUUGUAAGUAAUAAUAUGACGACCAUAUAAGGCUCAAGUAGAUCCGUGAACAUUUCCUUAGCAAUUAGCUCUGAAUUAAUUUUUGCAGAAUGGAUCAAUCAGUUGUAUUUCUUGCCUUCCUUUUUGUGCCUCAUAUAUAUAGUUGUAAGUAAUAAUUUGGAAGUUAAAAGGCUUUGACUCUUUGGUA